UUGUUCAUGUGAAUGUGCUCUAAAGUUUUUUCAUUGUGAAGAUGUCAAGAAUUAUCAUUAUUGUCGUACUUUGCUCAAUUCUGACUGUGCAAGCCAAGUUUCCCGACGAUUCCAAGCCCUGUAACUAUGAAGAUAAACAGUGCAUUGUUGAAUUAUUCAACAAAUUGUUUAUCGAUAAGGUGGUGCAAAUCGAUCCACUGAAGGUGGCUAAGAUGCAUUUAAAGCAAGGCGUCGAAAAUCCUGUUCGUUUUGAUCUAAUCUUUAAGGACAACGCCUUGAUUGGCCUAAGUAAAAUACGAUUCACUGAAGUCAAGGGUUUCGCCAAGGACUUUGCCCAAAAGCACGAACUGAGUAUAAAUGUCAAAAACCUACAAAUGUUGGGUCCAUACAUCGCCAAGGGUACAUUGAUAUUACUGCCCGUAAGCGGAACUGGCGAGAGCAAUGUGACCUUGGACAAUACUCAAAUGCAGAUAACAUUUACGGGCAAUCCUUUUGAAAAGAAUGGAGAAACCUAUAUGGAUAUAAGCAAUCUUGAGCUCACAGUGAAGCCUGGUCGAAUAUAUUACCACUUUACCAAUCUGUUCAAUGGCGAUAAACUCUUGGGUGAUAAUGUAAAUGCGUUCCUCAAUGAUAACUGGGAGUUAAUAUUUCGCCAAGUGGAGGAAUCUUUUCGAUCAGCAUUGAAAAAAAUAAUUGAGGCCAUUAUAAAAAAUGUCUUCACAAAGUAUCCCUACGCCAAGUUCUUUGCGGAGUGAAUACAGUUUUCACCUAAGCAACUUUGUUUAAUUAAAUAAAAUACUUUGCUGCAUGAAAAUAA